UGGAGUCCAACAGGCCCAGCAUGUUCCACCUGCGCAGCACCAGGCCCAGUACCAGCACCAGCACCAGCACCAGCAAAACCCAUACCAGUCAUACCAGUCACCUCCCCCCGAGCAAGAUGCCGGCAGUCUGGUGCCGGCCAUGGCCGGAAUGAGGAUUCAAGGCAUGGUUCCGGCUUCCUUGAAUCCUCAGCGCAAGCCGGUGGCGGGGCCGGCCACCCCUCAACAGGUCCCUACGUCUCCAUGGACUCCAGCACAGCAAGUUCCUGUACAACCCGGCUACUUCUCUCCGCCGACACCGGCGCCGAGCCCGUAUGUUGGGCAUGCUCCGGUCCACCAAGCUCCGCCGCAGCAGUAUGGAAUGCACUACGCCUCCGGCUAUGCCCCGGCACAGCCAACGCCACCCGUCUACUACGAGAUGGAAGCUCCCCAGCUCGCCCCAUUCUCCAAGACUGCGGCACCGGUGGUGCCCAUGGAGCCAGUACAGUCGGUGAACGCCGUCGUUGCUGAGCUGCAGGGAUCGGAGCCUCCUAAUGGCACUGUUAGCCAACCCGCUCCAGCUGACCAUGGAGCGUCAACUGGAGGCGAUCCGUAUCCAAGCGCUGGCGGGCAAGGCAGCGGCCAAACUGUCGAAGUCUCUCGACCUCCUUCGACCUCGGAUGGAAAUUCUGAUCAGAAAAGUAAUGGCGAGGUUAUCCAGGUCCCGCAACCUUCUCCGGCCGCGGAUGGGAGCGAUGGCCAUCAGGGCGGUGCUCUCAAGCAGGAAGAUGCUAGUGGCGAAGGGUCUAAUGGCGAGGGUCCUAAAGGCGAGGGUCCUAAGGGCGAGGAUGGCGAGGUCGAACCUGCACAGAGUGCGCCCCACCAAAGUGCGCCUCCGGAUCCGACGCCGACUCCCACCGCCAGCGACGGCUUGAUUGCUGUCGAGAAGCCGCCUGCCCCUGAUCAUGAAGGUCUGGUCCCAUGCGCUAGCGCUGGAAGUGAACAUGGCGGAGGAACACUCACUCACCAGCCCUGCGACGCUCAACAGUCACAGCCAAGCAUCGGCUUAUACCAACCAGGGUACACAGGCCUUCCGCAGCAGCCCCAGCAUCCAUACCAACAGCCUCAGCCUCCUUAUGGGAGCCCACCCUACCCCUACCAAGUGCCGUCCGCAACACCACCCUAUCCCCAGACCCCGAUCCAACGCCCCUCCUCGACCUCUCCGUAUCCUCACCCCCCCGCCUCGCCUGCGGCUCAGAGUACCGUACCAGCGCCUUAUCAACAAACUCCCGGUAGUCCUCCUCCAGGAACUGUCCCUCCACCGACGUCGAUAUCGCCUUAUCCGAGCCAUGGAUCCAAUCCAGCGCCAAUCCCCCCCAACGCUCAGUCCCACUCCCCCUCGCCUGCUCUUCUCCCAGAUGAGCCCAGACCCGUUGCUUUCCCGAACGCCCAACAGCCGGCUCCUGCACCGGAGACGGCAACGUACACGCCGGCUGCCUUUCCGGCCGGGUCACCCCCCUUUUCGGCCCCAACCAGUGCACCACCUUCCGGCCGGUCAUACGCCGGCACAUUCCCGGUUUCGCAACCGUCGGUUACUACUGCAUCCACGGCUUCCUCCACUUCGUCACCACCUUUCCCGCGUCCAGCUACGGCGACACCUCAAUACGGUCUCACGUCGCCGUCUCAGCCCCAGCCCCAACCGUUCAAGCCCAACAAACACUCCGGGGCAAGCACCAGCUUCGGUGGAUUUGCCAACUCGGUCUUCAGCAAAGACACGGUGAAGUGGAGCAAGAAGACGGCCAGUCGGCUUGGCCGGAGCAUCAAAACCGCGGCGACAACCGCGCAUGCCGCGGCUAUGAGCGCCCAAGCUGCUGCUCAACAAGCUGCCGCAUUGCACAGGCAGAAGUCGGUCUUGGGUACUAUGCAAACCAAUCCACCUUCGGGCGCUCCUGGGAUUCCCAGCGCAUCCACCUUAGCACCGGGCAACCCGCAAGCGGCGGCUGGUGAGCAAGUGCCGACCUGGUCGGCUCAGGCGGGCCCGUUGGGAGUCAGCCCGUAUGCGCCGCCGGUGUACGGGCUGGGUACUACUAGUAGUACAGCUAAUCCUGCUCAGGCUGGAAGCGCUCCGGGCGGGGGAGGGCCAAUAAACGCUCAGCCACAAGGCCAUGCAUCCCCGGCGUGGCCGUCCAGCCCCGCUAUGGGAGCAUCGCAGCCAGGGCAAUACCCUCAACACGUAGCGGCUACCCCUCCUCCAGGAUAUCCGCAGGGCCCUGGGUACCAGGCUGCUCCGCCAUAUCCGCAUCAACAGCCGCAGGCGGCCACUUCCGCUCCUGGAUAUCCCCAGGGACCUGGAGGACAACAUCCUACACCGAAUUCUAACCCUCCUCCCAUCUUCCCCCCACUAAAUAUUGCGGUUCAUCAAUCUCCCUCUUGGCCGCCCAGCAAUCAUGCCGGGGGUACUAACGGUCUUAUGCACAACGGGCUGGGAGCUUUGGGGCAAGCCGCGCAGCUUCCUCCCCAACCACAAGCGAGCACGUCACAUCCUGGAACUCCGCAACAGGCAGGAGGACAGCCCCCACAACCAUUCACGCAAGGGCAACCUCCAACCCCUUGGCCGUCCAACAUGUCCCAGGCCGCAAAUACCCACAAUAACAUCCCAAGCACAACUGCCCCUACUGGUGUUCCCGGACCCUGGAUGGGAGGACAGCCUACGCCGUCUCCACAGCCGCAGGGAGGCUUUCAAGGACAGCCUCCAGUAUCGACUCUUCCACAUCAUCCAUCCUGGCCGCAGCAAGCGGUUGCCCCAGCUUCCACGCCAACGGUACCAGUACCAGGCGCCGCUAGCCAUCCGACGGCUGUAGACCAACUUCCUUCUCAGCGUGCUUCGCAACCUACCAGCCCUCCUCCACCGUCAACACCGUUGUCGAUGCCAGGAGGCCCCGGUCAGGGAGGUCCGGCGGCUGGGUCUCCCCAGUCAGGGUGCCGUUCGUAUGGCAACCUUGGCGCGUAGUUGAUUCUGGUGAUGCGGAGAGAUCAAGCUUGAUAGGUUUUGUUGUGACUGUUAAUCGGAAAGAGAGAAGUGGUAUAAUGAAUACUGUUGUACACAAUGAGUGCGACAGAUCAGAGCUGAAUCCACUUGAUCACCAC